UUCUUCCCAGCCUCCGCCUGUACCUGAGCGGACCUCAGUCACUGGUCUCCAUCCUUCCGAUUUCUGUCGGAGGACGCCUCAUACCGGCUGCUUUAUAUCGCUCUCUUCCCCUCGUCUUCUUCGCGCGCCCCGCUCAGAGACCGUAACCUAUUCAAGCUGCUUCCACGCAGCUGAGAUCACCGCAGCAGCGCAGUCAUGUCAAUAGCCUCCAGCUCCAGCAGAAUGACUGAACCAGAGCGCCGAAUGCGCGUCACUGUUUUCUCCGCCAACGGCCUCGUGAAACGAGAUCUCCUCAGUCUUCCUGAUCCGUUCUGCGUCCUCAGUGUCGAUGGCGAACAGGUGAACAAUACGCCUAUCGUUCGGAAGUCCUUGAACCCCUCGUGGAAUGAGCACUUCGACGUCGUUGUUCGCGAUUCGUCCAUGAUUGCCCUGCAGAUCUUUGACCACCGCAAAUUCAAGAAGCGCGAUCAAGGUUUCCUUGGGGUUCUUAAUGUUCCUGCUAGUGAAGCUAUCGCUGCUGCCCAGCACCACAGUACGUCGUCUUUCCAAUCUACUCCGACAGCUUUGUCAUCCCUACUCGCAGCCAUGAUUACGCGAGACCUCACCAUGACAAGCAACAACUUACCCGUUUACGGACAAAUCAGCUUCUCGUUUGCCAGUCUGGCCCCUCCCACGCCCACUGAAGUCGGACUGCCGUCGCAUGUAAACCAUUCGCCUCGGCCGUCGACCACGGUCAUGCCUUCGCCCAACUCAUCCCUGUCUUCCCGGCCGACCAGUACUGCGCCAGUCCCAAUCAACACGCUUGAUCGAGCCCGGUCGUUAAAUCCUCCUCCUCCACUACGACCUGCCACGAGCCAAACGUUCCAGAGCAGUUCCCCCUCAUCCAGUCAGCUGGUUCGUCCCGCGUCUCUGCAAGCCUCUAUUCCCCCCACCCCGAUACCGGCCAAUCAUCAAACGGACGACGAUAAUGGACUGCCUCUCCCAGCAGGUUGGGAACGGCGUGUGGAUCUCCAAGGACGGACGUAUUACGUUGAUCACAACUCGCGCACGACUACAUGGCAUCGACCUUCCCCCAACGCACAGUCCAGUAUCCGGCCCUCUGCCCCGGCACCGUCCCCCGCGAGAAACCCCGCCGUCGCUGCACCCUCACAAUCGCCUAGUCCUGUCCAGAACGGGGUCUAUGCCGAUGUUCCGCUACCAUCGGGAUGGGAGGAACGACGAACACCGGAAGGGCGGCCUUACUUCGUCGAUCACGGGACAAGAACGACGACGUGGGUGGACCCCCGACGGGCCGGCCUUCCCCAGCCUCAGACGGCGUCCGCGGCGACCGUGGUGAACAGCAAUCUAGGCCCGCUUCCAUCCGGAUGGGAAAUGCGGCUGACGUCGACGGGCCGAGUGUAUUUCGUGGACCACAACACGAAAACGACGGCCUGGGAUGAUCCGCGACUGCCGACGAACCCGGACGACAACGCUCCGCAGUACAAGCGAGACUACCGGCGCAAAGUCGUGUAUUUCCGCAGCCAACCGAAGAUGAGAGUAUUGGCUGGUAAAUGCGAUGUCAAGGUGCGACGGUCGAGGAUCCUCGAGGACAGCUACGCUGCCGUUAUGGCGCUCCCCGCUGAAGAACUCAAACGGCGGUUAAUGGUCAGCUUUGAUGGGGAGGACGGUCUCGACUACGGUGGAGUCGGUCGAGAAUGGUUCUUCCUGCUCUCCCAUGAGAUAUUCAAUCCGAGCUACGGUCUGUUUGAAUACUCGGCCCAUGACAACUACACGCUGCAGAUCAACCCUGCGUCCGGGAUCAAUCCCGACCAUCUGAGCUACUUCAAGUUCAUCGGGCGGUGUCUGGGGCUGGCGAUAUUCCACCGGCGAUUCAUGGAUGCGUACUUUGUGCCGAGUUUCUACAAGAUGAUCCUCGGUCGCUCCAUGACGCUUGGGGAUCUGGAAGCCAUUGACGCAGAUCUGCAUCGCUCCUUGAAUUGGAUGUUGGACAACGACAUCACCGAUGUGCUGGACGAGACUUUCUCGGUCACAGAGGAGCGCUUUGGUGAACACGUGACUGUAGAACUGAAGCCGGGCGGAGAGGAGCUGUCUGUCACGGAGGAGAACAAGAAGGAAUACGUGGAAUCGGUCGUGUCGUACCGAAUUGCGCGCCGUGUGAAGGAGCAGUUCGAUGCGUUCAUGGAGGGUCUGCUGGAACUGAUCCCGCCGGAGCUGAUCACGGUCUUUGACGAGCGGGAGCUGGAGCUGCUCAUUGGCGGGAUGUCGGAGAUCGACAUGGAUGAUUGGACCAAGUUCACGGACUACCGGGGCUACGAGAAGACGGACCAGGUCAUCGAAUGGUUCUGGCAGUGCAUCCGCUCAUGGCCUGCCGAACGCAAGUCGCGCCUGCUUCAGUUCACCACAGGCACGUCCCGGGUGCCUGUCAACGGAUUCAAGGAUUUGCAGGGAUCCGAUGGGCCGAGGCGAUUCACUAUUGAGCGCAGCGGAGAUCCCCAGGGACUGCCCCGCAGUCACACAUGCUUUAACCGACUAGAUCUGCCUCCCUACGAGGACUACAAGAGUCUCGAAACCAAGCUGAUUUUCGCCAUAGAGGAAACGGAAGGUUUCGGCCAGGAAUGAACGCACCGAAUCGCUAUACAUCCGGAUUGCAGAAUUCGCAUUUCUGUUGGACACUGGAUCUGUUGCUUAUAUUCUAUCUACUCUACUACUUACCAGUCGUUGUUUUCGUUAUUGCAUCUCGUGUAAACGCUUGUAUCUGUCUCUGUAAUCAAGAUCUAGAGGCCCAAGCAAG